UCAACGAGCCAGUGAACAUUAAGCGGAGCAGACCAAAAUCCCAAACAAGGAAAUGGUGGGGGAAUAAAACGACCAGAUUAUUUAAUUAAUGCAUGUAAUAAUUAAUAUUUUAUUUUAUUGUAAAUUAAGACGUAUUUAUGGGUUAAAAUGGAUUACGACUUCAAAACAAAGCUGGCGGCCGAGAGAGAGAGAGUAGAAGAUCUGUUCGAAUAUGAAGGUUGCAAAGUGGGUCGAGGCACCUACGGGCACGUUUAUAAAGCUAAGCGCAAAGACGGGAAAGAUGAGAAGGAGUAUGCACUGAAACAAAUAGAAGGCACUGGAAUAUCGAUGUCUGCCUGCAGGGAAAUCGCUCUGUUACGAGAACUGAAACACCCAAAUGUGAUCGCCCUGCAGAAGGUGUUCCUGUCCCACAGUGACAGAAAGGUGUGGCUCCUCUUCGACUACGCCGAACAUGACCUUUGGCACAUCAUCAAGUUCCACCGCGCCUCUAAGGCCAACAAGAAGCCCAUGCAGCUGCCCCGAGGGAUGGUGAAGUCUCUCCUGUAUCAGAUUCUGGAUGGGAUCCAUUACCUCCAUGCCAACUGGGUGCUCCACAGGGAUCUGAAACCAGCUAACAUCCUGGUGAUGGGGGAAGGUCCUGAACGAGGAAGAGUUAAAAUCGCUGACAUGGGUUUCGCCAGACUCUUCAACUCUCCCCUCAAGCCACUGGCGGACCUCGACCCCGUGGUGGUGACGUUCUGGUACAGGGCCCCUGAGCUGCUGCUGGGGGCCCGGCACUACACCAAAGCUAUUGAUAUUUGGGCAAUUGGCUGCAUCUUUGCGGAGCUGCUAACGUCUGAGCCCAUCUUUCACUGUCGCCAGGAAGACAUCAAGACCAGUAACCCCUUCCAUCAUGACCAGCUGGACAGGAUAUUCAGCGUCAUGGGUUUCCCUGCAGAUAAAGACUGGGAAGACAUUAGGAAGAUGCCUGAGUACCCAACACUGCAGAAAGACUUCAGGAGGACAACGUAUGCAAACAGCAGCUUAAUCAAAUACAUGGAGAAGCAUAAAGUCAAACCAGACAGCAAAGUUUUUCUGUUGCUCCAGAAACUCCUCACCAUGGACCCCACCAAAAGAAUCACAUCAGAGCAGGCUUUGCAGGACCCGUACUUCCUGGAGGACCCAUUACCAACCACUGAUGUGUUUGCUGGGUGUCAGAUCCCCUACCCAAAACGAGAGUUUCUAAAUGAAGACGAGCCAGAGGAGAAAACAGAAAAGAACCAGACCCAGCAGCACCAGCAGACGACAGGCCAGACUCAGGCCCAGAACCAGCAGCAGACGGCGGCCCAACAGGCCCCCUCCCAGCAGAGCUCCGCCCAAACCAACGGCACCGCCGGAGCCACGGGGGGCACCGCCGGCGGGGGUUUACAACACAGCCAGGACCAGGGGCCCCUCAACAAGAAACCUCGGAUCGGGCCCUCUGGGGCCUCCUCAGGCACUGGGGUGCUACAGUCAGAGUACCAGCACUCCGGCCCCCGCCUUGGUUACCAAAGCAACGUCCAAGGUUCCACUCAGCCCCAGAGCACCAUGGGAUACUCGUCGUCAUCCCAGCAGAGCUCCCAGUACUCCCACCAGACCCACCGUUACUGAGGCUCCCAGUCACUCAAGAACCAGCAGAGGAGUCAGCUCCUCCUCCUUCUACCAGACGCCACCGUACACCCUCGGCUCCAGCCAAGGCAUCGCUCCCUCUGUGCAUUACAUCAUUCCAACUCAGCCAUGCUCCUUUUGAACCCUUCCUCACCUUUGACCUCUUUCCCGACGGCCUUCAACGGCACUGGAACAUGAAGGCAAACAAACAUAGGAACCAAAAAAAUCUAACACGAAGUUCUGCCUCAUUGGGCUGGUGAACCAUUUUGUAAGAUAGAUGUGAAGGCGCCACAGACUCAGCACUCACAAACGCAACGUUCCUCACGUGGAAGAAUCGCAGCUGUGUUCAAGUGUACAUGUACAUUAUAUAGCACCUUUUUCUAUUUGAUUUUUUUCUCUCAUUUGUCAAGUUUACCUUGAUAGUCAUUGUAAAUAUUGUUAGAUAUGAAGCGAUCGGAUGAAACGAAACACAGGAGGAAAAGCCCUUUACUGUCAUCUGUAGUGUACUAUUCCCUUGGAUAAUCAAAAGACAAGCAGAAAUCGUUUGAGCUACCCCUGUCCUUUUAAGAAAAAAGACAUGUCACAUGUCUCCACACAGAAAAAAUCAGCUCUUUAGCUGGUGCAAUUGCAGGGAAAUAUUAAAUGCGCAAUUUAACUUAAACUUCUUAUUAUAGGGUUUCUAUAUUUAGACCUCUCUUUAUCUAGAUUUGGAUUUGGAAAGUAAUAAAAUGAGUUGUCUUUUUACAGUUCUACAGUUCACUCUGCUACUUUUAGAGAUAAGAAACAUUCGUUUCCUCUGACGAUGACAGCGUUUUCAGGAGCUUGGACGACUCUCGUUUGUGGCCAGCAGCUCCGGACUGUUUUCCUGUCCAGGAGCUGUCGUUGGACACUUUGCUCUGACACCCAUCUUAUUGUGGACCCUCAAGACUUUCAAGGUUUCUGAACACGAACGUGAGCAUGCAGUGCAGGGCAGCUAACAGUACAGCCCCCCCGCCCCCCUUUAUGCUUCUUGAGACUGUUACUGCCUGAUGUCAGAUUGUUUUUUUAAGGUUUUAAUGUUAUCAUUGUUGCUCUGUAAGUGUGUGUGUGUGUGUGUGUGUGUGUGUGUGUACAGUAUGUUUUUUAUGCAUGUUGUUUAUCCUUUUACUUACUAGAACUGCACUGACCGCUGAAGCGAUCUGAAAAGAGCUGGAACAAACGUGGGGUGAGUUCUGUUGUUUGAACACUCAACCUCUUCCACUGUGACUCUCUGGCCAGGCACUGAGCAGCAUUCGGUAGAGACUGGGGCACGUUCAAAGACAAUAGGUGCAUUAUUUAAUACAUGCCAAGGAGGCGGGAGCAACAGUACUAAGUAUCGAUGUGAAUGUGCAGUGUAAGUCCUCGGCGCCCCUACAACAAGCAUUCUUUUCUAUUUAGUAUUUUUUAAAAUCAUUUUUGUAUACAGUAUAAUCACCUACCUGAAUGUCUGGUUUAUUUCUGAAUUAACGAGUCAAACUAUGAGAACACCUUUAAAGAUAAUCAGUGGUGGAAUGUAACUAAGUACUGCACUUGAAGGAAUAGCGUGACAUUCUGGGAAAUGCGCUUUGCCUAGAUUUAGAUGAUCCUAUGAAGCUACCACCAGCAGCCGGUUAGCUUAGCUUAGCAUAAAGACUGGAAACAGAGGGAAACAGCUAGCCUGGAAACAGACGAGGCCAGGCUAGCUGUUUCCCCCUGUUUCCAGUCUUUGUGCUAAGCUAAGCUAACUGUAUGUAGCUUCAUAUUUAGCGUACAAACAUGAGAGUGGUAUCAGUCUUCUCAUCUAACUCUUGGCAAAAAAAUGGAAUAAGCGCAUUUCCCAAAAAGUACAGUUAUGAGGUACUGGUGCUUUACUUGAGUAUUUCCAUUUCAUGCUACUCAAUACUUCUACUCCACCGUAUUUCAGAGGGAAAUAUUGUACUCUUUGCUCCACUACAUUUAUAUAAGAGAUUAAGUUACUUUAUUAAUGGAGUUUUUUAAAUUAUGAUGCAUUUUUUCCCUGCAAAAAUCCCCUUCUCAGCAAGUUAUUUUAAGCUAUAAUUGAGUCCUAACCCUUUUUUUUUUUUUUUUUUUUUUGCAAAAUAUGUGAAAAAACCUGUUUUCAAUGCAAAUAAAUGUUUUGCAAUUAUAAUCUAAAAUUCAGUUUUAUUUUCCAUAUUUCCAGUGCAGCGACCUACCUUCUACUCUAUGUUUUCAAGAUACUGUGAGUUCUUUAGACAGGUUCAUUUCAAAUAGAAACCAGUUGAAAUACUCUUACUGCAAAAACAGAUUUUUUAUUGUUACUUGUUUUUUGGACCUAGUUUUAGCCAGAAUUGUGUUUUCAAGAUUGGGGAUUUUGUACUGUUAGAGAUUGAACUGCAGACAGUAGUUAAAAUUAGCUGCACCUCAAAUAGUUGCAACAGCAAAUUAAUACAUCAGUCGUAAUAAUAAUCCAAUAAUAUAAUCUAUAUAUAACACUAUGAAAUGGGCCAUUCUACACUACUUUUACUUUAAUACGUACAUUUUUCUGGAAAUACUGGAUUUUUAAUGCAAGACUUUUACUUGGAAAGAGUAUUUUUAUAUUGUCGUAUCAUUAUUUUUACUUAAGUAAAGGAUUUGUAGACUUUGUCCACCACUGAAAAUAAUACAGACGACAUCCCACUUAAAACACAUCUUCAAGGGCAAACCUCAAAGUGAGGCUUGCUUUCAACCCCACUUCGCCUUUUUGUUUCCCCACAACUUGCUCCAUCCUCACUGGUCCUGCUCGGUCACAUGACCGGCCGUCCUGCAGGUUGUAUUAAAGAAUGCACCCAAUGACUCAACUGUAACUGUGUUUGCUCCAAUACAGACCUGGACACAGCAGGAUUGGGGGGGGCGCUUAUUUGGCAAAUGUGUGGCCUGCAGUGGAAUUAGGAAACACUGACACCUUGUGGCUGAAAAUACAACUGGACCUCUGUCCUUUGUUAAACUGCAAUUAUACAGUUAGCUAUGUUGUGGCAAGUUAAAGCAGUUUUCACCAGUACAUGCAAGAUGUGGGUGUUUUAGUAUAAAACUGAUAUUAUUAUUAUUAUUGUGUCCAGAAUUCCAGUCAUGUUUCUUUGCUCUCAAUAACACAAUACUGAUUAUUAUUUGCAUCUCACCACUAGUAUCCCCUUAAGGCGUUUGGUUCAUGCAGCAUCUAAGAUGUGUCUGUUGCCUCAGAUUCAGUUCUAAGAAGGAGACUGUCUUCAGCCAGCCCUCAGCGUGCCCUGCUGUUCCACACUGGCCCUCUGCAGCAGCCAGCCAAAAGGUUUCACUUUUAAGCAAAACAAACAAAGCAAGUGCAGAUGAACUGAAUCGAAGUUUUUCAUUCCAAAAUAACGUAUCUGAAAAAUGUCACAUCUUCUUUCUAAACAAAAAAAGUAAUUGCACAAAUAUAGUUGAUUUUUUGGGGCACUUGGGUACAGCAGAAAAAGCUGUAAACACAACACUGACACAUUACACCUUUUAGAGAGCUGAAGUCGUGAGGUCACCACUGGGCUAGCCUCUGUUUCACUAACUUCUGUAACUCCUCCUUCUGUGUUCCUGAGGUUUACUGUCCACAUAUCACACCACUACAGCGCUAUCAGACGCUAUUAGAAGCUUAAAUCUUUAUGAACUUAAAGAUAAACAAAGAUUAAUUUGUUAGCAUACAAAAAUAAGAUACUCAUAAACUAGGGCUUUUUCCCAGAAGCUAGGGAAAUAGUGUUUGUUAGAAGCUGCUAACAAUAGAAAUAUUACAAACAACAGUGUACAGUAAGAUCGUUUUUUAAAAUGUAUCACCCUUAUUUAGACAAAAAGAGUGAGCCACAUAUGUAAGGUUAUGUUGCAAGGCUGGAUUUUGAGUUACUUAUUACAAAAAUCAGUCUGAUUUUGAAGAAAGUUUUCUUACAUAUAGGACAGAACUUCAGCUCUCUAUAAAGUUGAUAUGGCUAAUAUACCAGCAAACAGUUACUUAUUUUUACAACAAAUAGACAUGGAGUAACAGAAUUUAGAAUGAAUCUGGUGUUGUGUUUCUGGCAUUUUGGAAAUGACCUCUUCAUAGUGUAUGUUGCUUAAAUUUUCUACUUUUGUGUUCUGACAGUCUGGCAGGCAGCUCCAGGAAGACAGUCUGUUCAGUUAUAUGUGAUGGGGAUCAAAACCAGCAGCUAUUCAAAGGUUUUCUCCUCCCUUUAGUGUGUUUUUGAAGUCAAACUGAGUAGCAGCGAGGAUGCGUCAAGACACUUUGUUGUAAAUUUCUCUCUCCACACAAGUAAGGUGUCACAAGUAUUAUUGAGAUCGAGGCUCCAGUGGGAGACAAAUUACUGUCAAACAACUCCUAUGCAAAAACCCCCAGACUACAGCUUUCACUUAGGUUGCUUAGGUUUUGCAGUUGACAGGUUUUGUUAUAUUUUGAUGGGUGAUGUUUCUUCAUUCCUUGUGUAAUACUGAGUACAGUAGUCGCUCACUCGUCCUUUGUUUCACAGCAUUUUAAAAUGUACUCUAAAGGAACUAUUGUAAAGAAAUGCAUAUAUAUAGAUAGUAUACAGUCAUAUUUAUUAUUUCCAUACAUCUAUGAAUAAUACCCAUUUUUUAAACGUUCCUCUGCCUUAACUAUAGUAGCUAUAGAAAGGACCUCUGUCAGACGAAGCAGGCAUCGCUAGACCAUAUUUCUUGUUAUUUUAGAGUUAUUUCCUCUAUAUGCUCACAUGAAAUCAUGUCUAGUUACUGAAUGUGUCACUGCCACCUCAAUGUACAGUAGAAUGAAGGUGACGCCGCUGUUUGGGAUCACUUACAGCCUCUCGUGGUUUGUUUCAGCUUUGUCACGCAGAUAUUCCACAGUGUCACUGUUCUUACAGGAAUUAUAAUGAUCCACGUUUUUGUUUGUGUGGACGGUGCCUUUUUUUAGUCGUUCAUCUUCUAAAGAUGUCAUGGGAAUUUGUUCAGGAUUUUUUUAAAAAUUGUUUUUAUUUUGUGUCGUUUCUAUUUUCACACUUCCUCUGUUAGCUCUUUGGGUCUGUUUCCUAUGUCCUCUUUCUUCCUCAUUACGAUGUAGCAUAUUGUUAUUUACACAAUGUGGAAGCUAGCAGCUAAAUAUAUAUAUUUUAUUUCAGUUUAUCGUGUCACACCUCUAAAGACUGCAAACAAUGCUGAUGAGGAUUAGCUCUUGUUUUCUCUUUGAAUAGAAAUUGUCAUAACACAUUACUGAAGCGCAGUUAUAAGUAUGUUUUGAAAUGCUGUACAUAAAAACACAAAAUUGAGAUAUUGAUACAAUAAUUGUCUUUUAAUGCACUGUUGUUGCUCAAAUAUUUAGUGGUAAAUUAAAGAAGUAUUUAAUGUUUUUUAAUGUCUUGCUUUAGACACUAAAGUUCUGGCAGUGCUAUGAAAGUUAUACGGCAGAUGAAGCUCCUCUGUGUGUGUAGAUAUGGACAGACACACAUUAGUACACGCCUAUAUGAAAUCUAGUGCACCUCUAGGCCGCUCUCUCCUCUCACAUUUCCUCCUUUUUGAUAGUAUUGCAUGUGCCUGUCUUUUUCCAAUGGACAACACAUAUUGUCGCCCUCUCUCGACAGUUUGUACAGACAGACAGACGCUCCAUCUGCAAGUCACAGUCUCUGCAAUGCCUUCAACGCCCAUCGUGCCAUUCGAAUAACAAGCCUUGUUUGGCUUGUGUCACAAAACAUGGUUAGAAUAAUCCUCUAUCCCAUCAGAGCAGCUUUUAAUAAGCGUAUGUAAUGAUGUGGUCCUACAGAAAACAACAGCUGGUCUUAUUAAACAUUUUUUAUAUGGAUCUACGUGUUAACUCCCCGAGGCGCUCAGUGAGCUGCAUCAGCAGAAUGCUUUGCAGGUUGGGGCGUCUGUCUACUCUUCUACAUUCUCUCUGUAGUGUGUGUGUGUGUGUGUGUGUGUGUGUGUGUGUGUGUGCGUGCGCAGGUUUCAAAUAUACAUAUGGCCUAAAUGUAUUGUCUUUUCAUAGCAUUUAUAGAUAAGGCACCAAUAGCUCAGCCAGGAAAAUCAAAAAAAGAAAACAUUUAUUUAGCUGCUUUUAGCAAAAUUUCACUGUACAAAUGACUGUUAAAUGAGAAAAAAGUCAUGUAUAUUUAUUUUAUAUCCUCUAUUAUAAUAAAAAUCUCUUUUGUCUCAGUCA